AUGGAGAUUGGAUCUAGUCAGUCUCAAAGUGGAUGUAAUGUGCUCAUAAAACUUGGGAUGGAAUUUGAUUCGGAUGAGCAUGCAUAUGAAUAUUACAAUAAAUACGCUGGUGUAAUUGGUUUUAGCGUAAGGAGAGAAUAUGCUAACAAAAAUAAAGUCCGAGGGUACGUGACUUCAAGAAAAUUGGUUUGUUAUAAAGAAGGUUAUAGAGAUAAACACAAACGAGAUACGAUGGUUCAAAAACAUAGAAAUGAAACUAGGACGGGGUGCUUAGCUCAUUUUACUGUUAGUCGUCAAUCAAAUGGAAUGUUUCGCAUCACUUCAUUUGAAGAGAAACAUAAUCAUCCUCUUGUUCCUUCUUCUUUGGCUCAUAUGUUACCCUCACAAAGAAAGAUAAAAGUUGCUCAAGCAUAUGAAAUUGACUUAUUAGAUGAUUCAGGAAUAUGCCCUAAAGCUUCAUUUGAUUAUGCUGCUCGUCAAGUUGGAGGACAAUCUUUUCUAGGUUACACAAGGAGAGAUCAGAAGAAUUAUCUUCGGGAUAAAAGAAAAGAUAGUUUGAAACAUGGGAUGGCUCGUAGUUUGGUUGAUUAUUUUGAGAAACGAAUACUAGAAGACCCUGCUUUUCGAUAUUCUUUAGAUCUAGAUGACGAUGGUUUGAUAACUAAUGUAUUAUGGGCUGAUGGAAAGAUGAUAAGAGAUUUUAAGAUUUAUGGAGAUGUUGUGUCCUUUGAUACAACAUAUAGAACAAAUAAAGAGUAUCGACCCUUGGCAUUGUUUGUUGGUUUAAAUAACCAUAGGGAAAUGGUUAUAUUUGGUGCAACCCUUCUAUACGAAGAGUCAACUGAAUCAUUUGUAUGGCUUUUUAAUGCAUUCUUUAAGAUUAUGUCUGCGGAUAAACCACAAACAUUUUUCACUGAUCAAGAUCCCGCUAUAUCUGCUGCUAUAUCAUUUGUAAUGCCCAAAACAUAUCAUCGCCUUUGUGUAUGGCACUUGGAAAAGAAUGCAUUUAAACAUCUUAAUCAUAUCUUUAGAGCUAAUGAAUCAUUUCCAAGAGAUUUUAGCAAAUUGCUUUAUGAUUAUGAGUAUGAGGAGGAUUUUUUAAGUGCAUGGCAGGAAAUGCUUGAGAAAUAUGACCUUGAGGAUAAUAGUUGGUUGAAAAACACGUUUGCUGUAAGAGAGAAAUGGUCCAUGACAUACGGAAGACACACAUUCUCAGCAGGUAUGCGAAGUACACAAUUAAGUGAGAGUUUUAAUGGAUCUUUAAGGGGAUAUUUAAAAUCUGAUUUGGAUAUUGUUCAAUUUUUUAAGCAUUUUCAAAGAUCAGUUGAUGAUAAGCGUGCCAAUGAGAAUAAGUCAAAUUUUGACAUGACUCAAAGAAUACCUAUUUUAAAGGUUAAACUUCCUUUAUUGAUUCAUGCUAGGGAAGUAUACACCCCAACUAUAUUUGACAUGUUCCAAAAUGAAUGGGAAAGAUCACUACUGGUUUCCAUAAAGGACUCUUAUAGUGAAGGAGAAUUAUGUACCUAUAAUGUUAGCACUCUUGGAAGUGUUAAGGAGCAUGCUGUAACUGUUAAGCAAUCAGUAACUCAAGUUUCUUGCAGCUGCAAAUUGUUUGAAUUUUUGGGUAUACUAUGUAGACAUGCUUUAAAGAUUCUGGAUUUACUAAAUGUGAAGGAUAUGAUUCCGGUACAUUAUAUAUUAAAGCGGUGGACAAAAGAUGCUUCUAACAUGAACGAGGUAGAUAUCGAUCUAGUAGAAAAAGAUAGUGAUCCAAAAGUUGAAGUUACUGCAAGGUACAGACAUUUAUGCCAUACUUUUGUUCAAAUUUCAAGUGAAGCUUCAGAAUCCACAGAAGGGUAUGAAUUGGCCGCAAAAGGUGCGAAUGAGAUAAUUGCCAAGUUAAAGGAUAUCAAGAAGAGAAAUGAAUUGCCUGAAAAGUUGGCUCCAAGCAAGAGUAUUCAGAACGAACCGAGUGAAAUAAUAUUUAUUGACAAUACAAAUGUCACAAAGGUGACCGGGUUAAAAAGAAAGGAACCAAGAUGUUUCAGUAACACCUUUCAAGAUGUUUAA